AUGGCGACACCAGAAUACGGUCGAAUGCUGAAACGGCAGAACACAAUUCUCAAACAGAACCUCCAAGCCUUGGAGGAGGAGAACAAGAACCACAUUGUCGCUAUGGAGAAGAUGAAGCAGCAAAUCGAACAACAGAGAGUCACCAUCGAGAGACUGGAGCCUCAGAUUGAAGGGACUGGAUAUCGCAUCGAACACCUUGAGGAGGUGGCCGAACAAGACUUCCAGACGAUCUGUGAACAACAAACCAAGAAUAAUCAACAGCAAAACAAGAUCGAGAAACUGGUAAAGAGGAUUGCCCGGAUGAAAGGCUCUGAAAAGAUUCAAGGAGAAAUUCUUGCGCUCAAGGCUAAGCAUGUUGAGACGGAGCAAAGAAUACAGGAGGAAAUUCGUGCUCUCGAGGCUGCGCGUGCAAAAGCUAACGAGGAACUCGAAGAACGCGAGGAAGAGCUCGAAAUGGCAGAACAGGAAAGUGAGGAUGACCAGUGA